CUUUUUUACGUCUCUUCUAUUCAAUUCACUUCCAUUAAAAGAGUAAACUUUCAUGAAACAUUUCUCCAAAUCGCUUCGGCCACCUCCAUUUGAAAAAUGGCGGAAACCUAUCAAAGCGUCCAUAGCGCUUCUCGUAGCUCUAGUUAUGACAUUUAGCAAUCAGACCCGAGAGGUGAUAGGUCAAGCUUCGCUCUUAGUGAGCAUUUCCGUGGUCCUGUACUUCCCAUCAAGAACGGUUGGCGUCGUACUUGAGGAUGUCGUUUUGGGUACGUUGGGUGCUUUAAUUGGUGUUGGCUACAGUUGCUUAGGAAUGUUUCUUGCGAACCUGGCGCGAAGUUCGACAAACCCAUCGCCUGUUCAACCAGGAUCUAGCGGCGUACUUGCAGCUUUUCUGAUUAUAGCGACGUUUAUUUCAAAUUAUGUGCGCCUAAAGGUUCCAAGAGCGAACUUUGCCUGCAUCACCGCAACCAUUUUGAUAUCUUUUAGUCUGACACAAGCCUCAGUGGUGCCAAUAUUUUACCCACAGUUACUGUGGAUUUUCAUGAAACCGCUAGCCCUUGGUGGUGCCAUUGUUCUUGCCGUGUCAGCAUUAAUUUGGCCGGAUGAUAGUAUGAGCAACUACCUCUCUGUGUUACUCAGAUGCUUGGAGGGCCACAGCACGUUUUUCAAGGAGCAUUCCGACUCGUUUUUGUCAUUGUCAACUAGCUCGCUCAAUACCACACUUCCGUCACUCCAUGACCGUCUCCAAGGCAGCACAUUACUUCUGAUCGAUUGUAAACGAGCCGUACACCGUGAUAUUCUAUUUAGUCGAUUAUCUGGCAAAGAUGUCAGCAAGCUGACGCAAAUGGUUAAAGACAUGCGCAACCCCUUGCACGGUAUCGGACUCAGCCAAAUUUUAAAAGGAGAUUUCAAGAAUAAGUUACAAAAAGAUGAAUCUGAACAGGAAAUCCAGACCGAAAAGGAGGCACUUUUCGAAGCUAUUCGCGAACUACAUUCGAUCCUCGAGCAAUUAUCCGACGCAUGCCACGAUACAUUGAACGACUGCGUCUCCCGUAUUAAAGCGUUUGACAGUGCUACCGGGCGAACGACAUUGAAUAGCUUACUUUGGCCGUUCCCCCGACUAUUCUCCAGCAUUGAUUUCAGAAACAAGCGAAAGCCUGAUAAAGAAUAUAAGGAUAUCCCGCACGCCGAUUCUCAGCAACUAAACUCGCUUAUCCAGGCGGUCAACGAACAAGCCAGCCAAAAUGUUCGCAAGCUUUGGGCUUUACAUCCGGAUAAGCCUCUCAAGCGACAUAUUGGGGCGCUCAAUUUGUUUUCCACGUAUCGUUACCAUCUUACGGGCUACGCCAAAACAGUUGCAGCGUUUACUGAAUACAUUGAGGAGCUCGAACGUACACGGACCCGUAGACGAUUUUGGAUGCCUGCUGUCAAGUCCAUCAAAAAGUAUUUCAGGGCAAGUGGAAUCGAUCCGCACAUGGCUAGUGGUGAAGUCAUUGAUGGCGAGCGAGAUAACGCUAUGGACCUUGUACGCACGCAAACACGGCAAAACAGCCUCAUCGAAGCAGACGAUAUCUCGGCAUUUGUCCUUAGAAGGGAAUCAGGAAAACUCUAUUACCGUGACCCCGAUGUCGAUCCGCCAGCUACUGGCUUUCAGCGCUUUUUCCAUAGAUUACAUCAAAUCCGCAAUUGGUUCUUAGAGCCAGAUACGUUUCUUUCAUUCAAAACGGUGGUUGGUACUACCUUGUUGGCUUUACCUGUCUUCCUUCCGCAAAGUGCCAGCUGGUACAUGGAUCAGCAUGGUCAGUGGGCGAUGAUUAUUAUGAUGAUGUGGAUGUUUCCGAUGUCUGGAAUGUUUCUCUACACUGUGAUAAUGCGAGUACUUGGAACUGCUUGCGGAGGCGUAUUAGCAAUUGUCGUCUGGGAGAUAGCCCAAGGAAACCCAUAUGGUUUAGCUGUCGUAACAUUUGUCGUUGCUAUUCUUUUCUAUUACUGUCUUCUGUAUGUGGCUCCUUUACGUAUGCUGGCAAUCAUGUCGCUGAUCACAAUGGUUAUGAUCAUUUGUUACGAGUACCAGUUUGUUCAUGACGGAACUGGUAGUGAUCCUGUAUGGACUUUGGCAGGAAAGCGUAUCCUUCUCGUUGUCAUCGGUGUUACGGCUGCAGCAAUCUUGUCAAUGAUACCAGUACCUGUGAAUGGCCGUGUGGAACUGCGUAAACGAUUGGCACAAACGCUCCGUGAUAUUGGUAGAAUGUAUAGCCUUUUAACUUCACAAUUUCUCGUUCCAAGAAUGCCAAACGAUAAACCCUCGGAUUCUCAAGUCAAAGCUGUUCGGCAUCUCGCUCUUGAUCUUCAGCGUCAAAUUGCAGACGAACGUACAUUUCUAAAGUUGGCUGUUUUUGAGCCUCCACUGCGAGGCACCUUUCCCUCAAAGACUUAUGGUAAAAUCGUCGACCAUGUCAAUAAUAUGGUUGACUUGGUAUAUGAUAUGGUAAGAAAGGACUAA